AUGGACCAAGCAUCGCCGACCCCUCCUCCCCCACUUGCUGAUGAGGCGCUGGGCGCCGUGAUGCAGCUCGCCCAGGCCGCGUCGCGCCACGAAGGCGAGCUCGGCGGCGACCAGGGCCGCGGCGGCGAUGCGUCGCGUCACGGCAAGGGCCGCAGCCGCGAGAUGGGCGACUCUUCGCGCCCGAACAAGCAGGUGCGCAUGGACAACGAGCACGGCCAGGGCGUCGACCAGGCACUGCAGUGGCCGACCGCGCCCCCGCCCGCGUACGGCGCGCCGCACGACCCCCACGGCGCGGGCGCGAGCCAGCCGUCGCCUUACGGCGGCCAUGGCCUCGACCAGAACGGCAUGCACCUCGGCCACAGCGACGCGCCGUUCGACCCGUCGGCCCACGGCGUCGGCGGGCCGUACGGCGAUGUCGACGACAACACGCGCAUGGGCCCCCCGUCGGACGGGAAGCAGAUGACCUCGGAGUCGACCGGCCUCGUCGGGGCGCGUGGCAAAACCGGCAUGACGCGUGCGCUGAGCACGAGCCGCCGCGCCGAGCAGAACCGCAACGCGCAACGCGUCUUCCGCGAGCGCAAGAACAAGUACAUCGCAGACCUGGAAAACAAGGCGGCAUCGCUCGAAAACGCACUGCUCGCCGCCGAGGACCACCGCCGGCGCUUUAACGACGCGAUCGAGACGAUCGAGAUCCUGAAGCGCGACAACGAUACACUCCGUGUGGCGCUGCGUGCGCUCGGCGGACACCAGGCGGUGCCGAACGCGCCCGCCCUGCCGCUCGACCGGCCCACGGCCCACGCACAGGGCCUGCUGCCAUACGGCACGCCGGGCCGCGGCCACCAAGGCGAGCACGACACGCAGCACCCGCACGCGGGCGGCCCGGGCGGCCCGGGCGGCCUGCACGAGGUGUCGGAUAGCCAGGACCCCGCGACGGCGGCUGCGGUCGCCGCGGCAGCGUCCGGCCAGACGCCAUACUGGCUCCUCGAGGCCGUGUCGGGCACCGGCGGCCAGCACGGCUUCCCGGUGCCGAGCCACUUCCAGCCGUCCCUGGGCGACAACAUGGGCGCCGGCGCGCCGGGCGCGCCGGGGCACCAGAUCCAGCGCGGCGCGCCGGGUCAGGGCGGCCAGCGCCCGGAGGGCAUGAUCGACCCGUCGCUCGAGCAGAACCGCCUCGGCGGCCUCGAGAACAACGACGAGCAGCGCCACGGCGUGCGCGACGAGGGCAAGGGCGAGUCGGUGGACUCGUCCGGCAAUCCCGAUAAUCUUGCGUCGCUCAGCGCGGUCGCCGCCGCUGCCGCGGCCGCCUCGUCGCAGAAACAGCCGUCUUCGUAA